AUGUGGAAUAAUCGUAUUAUGAAAUGGAGCAACGGUGCGACAACAGGUGUUGCUGUAGCAGGUGGCCAUGGCAAAGGACUAUGUAGAACACAAUUGAAUUUUCCUGCAGGACUGCUUGUUGAUCGAUUUGGUGCGUUAUAUGUAGCAGAUUGUUGGAACCAUCGAGUGAUUCGCUGGUACGAUGGUGCACCCUGCGGAAGUGUCAUUGCUGGUGGAAACGGUCCUGGAAACGGCGUCUACCAAUUGAGUUUUCCUGAAGGUUUGGCCUUUGAUCGAUAUGGUAACCUUUAUAUAUCAGAUUCUAACAAUCAUCGCAUCCAACGAUUUCAAAUUCAGAAGAUUUGA